UUAGCGGGUUUCCAUCCGAGGAGGAGAGCCGGCAUCAGCUCAAACAUGGCGUCAAUUUCUGGGGUUUUAGCCGUCGCCAGACGACGUUUUUGCCGUCAAACCCCAACGUCUUCCCUCACAGUUGCGGCGAACUCUCUCCUUGCCAAGCUGCUACGGGAGUCGGAGCCGGGCAUCAAGAUCGCGCUGGACGCGGAGGAGGAGAGCUUGACGGCCCAGCGCGACGCCUCCUUCUGGCAACCCCUAAUCGCCGCCCUCCUCUCCUCCGCUCCGAGGAAAGCCCAAUUGGUCUUGGAAUGGAAAUUAGAUAAACUAUGCGGGGAGGGUAUACGGGACUGGAUCCCUUAUUCAAAACUAAUCUAUUUCUGUGGGAAACUGGGCAACAUUCCAUUUGCAAUGAAGGUCUUCACAUCAAUGGAGGCCCAAGGGAUUAGAACAAAUACUUGCACUUUUAACGCUCUGGUUACUUCUUGCUUGUCAACUGGCAAUGUAGUUACAGCUUUGAGCUUGUUCGAGAUAAUGGAGAGGAAUGAGAACUGCAAGCCUGACUUGGCCACUUACAAUGCGUUUGUAUCCAUGUAUUCGAAAUAUGGAGAUGGUCACAAUAUGGUGGGCUGGUACCUGGCUGGAAAGAAAGCUGGGUUUUCCCCAAAUAUUCAAACCUAUGAGUCCGUUAUAACAGGGUUUAUCAGAUUGGAGAAGUAUGAUGAUGCUGACCGGUUUUAUAAAGAAAUGAUGUCAAAUGAAAUUUUGCCUAAUUUAACCAUAUUGGAGUCCAAACUUGAAGGGCUCUGUAAACAGAAGGAUAUGCAUGGUAUCAAAGAGUUUCUGAAGUUUGUUGUAGAUGGAGGGUGGGAAUUGAGUGAACCCAUGGCUGAGAAGCUUGCAAGAAUGUACAAGGAGUUGGGCCUGGUCAAAGAGAUGGAACAGUUGCUUGGGCUCAUCAAACCAACUCUAGAUGUGGGUGUCUUGUCACGAAUCCAUUGUGGCAUGAUAAGAUUGUAUGCCCUAUCAGAUAGCUUGGAUGACAUGGAAUAUUCAGUUGGGAGGAUGUUGAAGGCAGGAAUGACGUUCACCUGCCCAGAAGAUGUUGAUGCAGUCAUCUCUUCUUACUUCCGACAGCAGGCUUUCACUAGGCUGGAUUUGUUCUUGGACCGGAUACGUUGCUCAUACAAGCUUGCAAAAUCUACUUAUGAUCUCUUAGUUUCUGGGUACCGCAAAUUUGACUUGCAUGAGAGAUUGGGUUUGAUUGUAAAGGAUAUGAAAAAUGUUGGGUAUGCAUAGUUUCUAACAGUUGGUUUCAGUUGAUUGCUUGCUCUUCUUCAACAUCUGGUGAAAUUAAGGGUGCUAAAGGGAGCAGCGCUAAUUGUGUUCGCCGACUGCAGUUAAAAGGCUUACAAGAGACUGCAUGUAUUUCGGGACUAAAUCGAUGACUGGUCUAAAGAACCGUUUAUUUUCAGAGUGGUUUCUUGAUGUAUUGAUAUCUUGGCUGCUGAUUGGUUCAUAAAUAAUAAUAGAGGCAGGUUUUUAUAGCUUAAGUGUGCCUAUAUGGAACAGUUAUUGCCAUUUAAUAUGGAACAGUUAUUGCCAUUUGAUUUUGCAGUGUACAUCUAUUAGCGAAACAAAUCAACAAAAAGAAGCUAUAGAGUGCACAGCUAUGCAAAAGCAAGCAUCAAACAGGCUAUUUGUUUGAACAAGUAAAUGUGAAAUUACUUGCAGAAGAGCUUGAUAGACAAAAAUUUGGUACGCUAUUAAAUAGACUUCUUAUCAUCGGUUGAGUGAUGUGGUUGUGAUACCAAGCAAGUUUACUUGUUGAACGGCUUGAAAAAGAUUGUUACCAAAAAGGCAUUCAAAAAAUGAUGGGGUGAACCAUGUGGAGACUCCUAUUAGCAGUUUAUAUUCAAAGUCCGUUGAAAAUCGUAUCUAUUGCCCUCCUCAAUCAGCAGUUUAGCUCUUGUACCGAUUUGAUAGCAUUGAUUUUCUUUUUAACCUACUAAUGCAGCAUUAAUGCUCAACUUAAAGUGGAAUUGAGAUAUAUGCGCAGGGGAUCAGAAAUAAAUGUAUAUUGUUGUAGGGAUUGCAUAGAAUGGUGUUAUCUGAGGUUUGAUCAUCUUUUGCAGAGUCAACUGAGAUAUGUUGCCCAAUUCUAGAGGAUGAGAAACUUGUGUUUUUUUCUCAGAACAAAUGAUACUUUUC